GGGUAUGUAUAUGCUAUUUAGCAUGCUUAUCAUUUCACAUUCUUUGAUCAAUGAUAAAAUAUUCUUAAAAUGGUCUAAACUCAAUUAAAAAAAUCGUGGUAGCUGAUCCUCAGCUGUAUUAAUUGCCUGGCCGGUUCUACACAGUCAUGUCCCAGGUACUGGGCCGGCUGUGUGGCCAGGUGGCAGGAGAUGCCUUCGGUCCGGUCGUCCAGUCCGUGGUCCAGUACCUAUUCACGGCCGGAUCGCGGCCACUGCCGGCCGUCAUUGUCAACUCGCCCUACCAGCGCAAUGAGGUGAAACUGGCGCUGCAGGUGCUGCUGCAGCACCACAUGGUGACGUUCUCCGUGACCCGCACCUCGAUGGUCGAGUACACCCUCCAUCCGGACCGGGUACUGCUGCUCCUUCGUUAUGCCAGGUUUCUGCUGUUGAUCAAGACCCGGUUUGGCGUGGAGCAGGAGGUGAUUCUGGACGAGCUGCUCCGUCAGGGACAGGACUCGGCGUUCCAGCUGGUCGUUCGGGUCACCAAGCGGAUAAACGAGUCGCUCGAAGAGGGCGGUAAGCGCGUACAGCCCUCCACGAUCCGUGACAAGUUCUGUGAGCUGGUGCGCGGCCACUACCUGCAGCGGUGUGCCUCCCUGGCGCCGCCGCCGGACCCGUCGGCUCCCCCGCCGGCCGAGGACGCGCCGCCGCCGCCGCCCGUGGUGGAGGGCGUACCGCCGCUGGUGGAGCCCGAGGGGGAGCGUGCCUUCAUGCCGCCGGCCCAGCUGGACAUGGGAGCCGUGCAGCGCGCGGUGGACGGGAGGCCCGGCCGGCCGCCGCCCGACGACCCCGUCCGGUGGAGGGUCAACUUCUCGCGGCUGGACGAGGAAUUCCGUGACCAGCUGGUGCUCAACUCUGUGUCCCGCACCUGCGGGGAGCCGGCCGCCGAUGUCAUGCGACACCUGAUGGCGCUGGCGGCACAGACCAGCCGACCCUGGUCGCCCGAGUGCGGCCCCGUGGCGCUCACCGAGCUCAAAGACCGGCUCACGCGGCUCUCCAACUCAGUGCACGCCGACGCAGUCCGCUACUGCGAGCAGUACGUCCGGAUCAUGAGCGAGGGCGAGACGCCUUACCUGGUCCGGUUCGGGGACGCCGGCGGCGGACAGUACACCCUCAACAUGAAGCGCGUGAUGCAAAACUUCGGCUGGGCCGUGGCCGAGAAUGUCGUCCAGGAGAGGUUCGGCUCGCGCGCCGGCCGCAUAUUCCGGCUGAUCCGGUCCAAGCGGUACAUCGAACAAGACAAGAUCCAUGAGUGGGCCAUGAUCCCGCCCAAGGAGGCCAAGUUGCUGACCUACCAGCUGCACCAGGCCACCUUCGUCAGCGUCUGUGACCUCCGCAAGCCUGGUCAGCAGGUGGCGCCCGGCCGGCUGGUGUUCCUCUUCCACCUGGACUUUAACCACCUGACGCGGAUGCUGAUCGAGACGUGUUACCGGGCGCUGCUCAACAUGCUGACGUCCCGCUCGGCGGAGGCCAGCCGGCACCAGCGGCUCUACGACAAACAGCAGCGGGUGGAGACCCUCCUGGCCACGAUGAGGCAGCAGGGCGUCGACGACGACCAGAUCGCAGAGGUGGAGGAGGCUCUGACGGAGCCGGAGCGGGCCGAGCUGGCUCGCGCCGCCGCCGUCACCGACCGGCUCUCGCUGGCCGAAACGCAGCUCGACCAGACCCUGUUCCUGCUGCAGACCUGCCUGCGCUACAGCGCCAUGAAGUGAUACACCGACCCCACACUGUCGCUGUUAUUGUAAAGGAACUGACUUCCUUGGGCUCAUGUGUUUGUUAUUGGUGUGUACGGGUGUGAUUCAGGUGACAAUAUAGACGAUGGUUUGUA